AUGGACGCACUUCUCUCCGGCGGGCUCGACCCCGCGUCACUGGUUACGCUCGCAGCCUCCGGCGGCUCGCCGUUGGAUCUGUCUUCGAUUCUUUCAGCGAUGAGCCCCUCAGGAGAUGCGAUGAACUUCCUAUCGAUGAUGGGCUCUUCUGGUGCUCUGUCCGGUGCUGGCUUCGACCCGUCAAGUCUUCUCGCCUCACUGAAUGGUGCGGGCGGCGCGGAUAUGUCAACAUGGACCGACCCUACUGCGGUCAUGAACAUGUUCAACCAGAACUCAUUCUCUCUUCAGGCUCAAUACCAGACAGGCGGCGACACGAACUCUGACUCGGGCUCGGGCUCUAGCAUGUUAUCGAACAUAGGGCAGGACCUGGUGCAGGACCUUGUCAAGAAGGCGGCUCAAUACGCGCUGGACAAACUAAGGACACACGGACAGCCAGGUCAACCGGCUGGGAUGCAACACACAUCCGCACCGAUGCACACGCCUUCCCAUCCUCCUGCAUUCACGCAGUACGCGCCCUCGAUGCCGUUCAACCUCAAUUCGGACUUGUCGGAUUUGCCAUCUUACACCCAACCGGGGCAUUCAUUCGGGCAGGGAUUCGCGCAAUCGCCACCUCAUGCGCAACAGUCUUUCCCUCAGUCACCCCCGCCUAUGCAACAAUCCUUCCCUCAAUCGCCCGCUCCUCACAACCAUCAUGCCCAUUCACAGUCGUACCACGCUCAAUCUCCAUCAUUUGGCUCCGGAAGUCCGCCGACGAGUCACUCCUGGUCGUCACAUAUCCCAGAUAUAUCGGUGACGUUUCAAACGUUCAAUACCCCGUGUUCCGGGCCGCAUGUACAGCCAGCUCAACCUGUGCAUCAGACACCCCAUCCGGGAUCGCACUCGCCACGGCCGAGCUUGAGCGAGUGGCAUCCGCAUUUGCCACAUACUCAGCAUGCGCAUUCCCAGAGUCACACAUCGACCGUGGACCAGGCUGCAAGCAGCCAUCAUCACUCCGCUUCUCAUUCGUCGCCGACGUUACACCCUCGUCCACCUGCACACCCUUCGAACGCACCGUCUCGACCGCAUUCCCACAGCGUGUCCGUGUCUCUGGAGCACAACCAUGCCCACUCUGCGACGAAUCACCAUUCUCUUCCGCCGCUUCACCCGAAUCGGCCGUCGCCCCCAAGGCCCACAGCGCAUCACUCGCAAACGACGCCCACACCUUCGACCGCACUUCAUUCGGCGUCAUCGGCUUCGUCGUCGCCGUCGAGUCUCCUAGAGCGGCCGCCCACUCUUCCUCAUAGACCGCCGUCGUCACCGAAGCCCCCUCCUGCCCACCAAGUUCAUACUACACCCCCAACUUCCGCUCACAACCAAUCAACCUCUGCGCAUACACCAGCUCACACCCCACACAAGCCGACAUUGCACCAUGCGCAUACCGUCCCCGCACCCAAGCUUCAUGCGCAUACGCGGCCGGCCUCAAUCUACGGCUCUCAUAUCGGUGGCAAUCAUACAGCGCAUGGACCAGGACAUGCGCGCACCGAGUCAACUCCCAAUGCGCAUAUGCACAGUCACGCAUCCGAGUCUGGGAAAGUGCCAAAUGGUAUGUUCAAGUCGACACGGCCGCAGGUGGAGCCUAAGGCGGGUGGGAUGAGUCGUGGGCAGAGUCUGUACGCGAGUUACAUGGCGGAGUUUGAGAAGGCGAAGGAGGAGCGUGGUUGA